UCACAUCAAAGUAAGUGGAUGCGUUUUUUUGCAAACACAAUACUUUUCAACAAAUUUUCUACGUGAUCUUCAUUUGGAGUAACGUUUUUUUGUUUCAUUCAUUCGAAUCGCUUCGUUUUUAUUAUAUCAAGUUUUUGAUUGAAGUUGAAAACAGAAAAAAAAUUAUAAUGGAAAUUAAAUUCUUAAGUUCGGUAUUUUUAAUGUUUACACUGGCCGUUGCGGCUGCACCACCACCAUCAUCAUCAGUGGUAUCACCACGUCCAUCGCCUACACCGCGUAAAUAUCGAGAUUCAAAAAUCUCGCGAAUACAACCAUACGUGCUUGCCGACUCGCAAACGGCACCCGCUAUUAAUUCGUACAAUAGUUUGCACAGCGAAAAAGAUUCCACCAUCAAAUAUUACCAUGCAAAUAAAUUUCUUGAAAAAAAUCAUGGCCAUAAGAAGUUUGGCUUUGACAAAAAGAAAGUCUCAUCAUCAGCAUCGGCAUCAUCGUCGCCAUCAUCAAAUCAUGAGCUAUUCAAGUCUUUGGGUUUAGCAAAAAUCAAGACACCACCGGGUCAUCACCGCAAACGUCUUGCCGUUGAAUCAUCACGGCAUCAUUCACGACCGGAUGACUCACAUAUGUUUAUCAUAAAAUUGCCUCCGAAUCCAUACUACUAUGCCAAUACGAAUACGGCACAAAACAAGAACGGUAUCGAAGAGAAAAAUCAAAAGAUCUCAUCGAUGGGUUUCAAAUCAAAUGGCAAACCUGGCCGUAUUUAUCAUUGGAAUUUGCCAGUAUUGAAAAAAAUGCUCACCAAAGGCGAAAGUACCGGCCGCAAAUCAUCAAACCUGCGACAUUCGAAUGAUGUAAACGAUUUGAUUGAUAUUAAAAAUAUACCAACGUGGUCAAACCCAUGGGAUGACAACGAAACACUUGACAAAGCAUUCUCCGGUAAACAGCAUCGCGGCAAUAAUGUUGAUGUCAAUGCAUCUCAUAGCACCGUUCACAUAAAUGGCAUCGAUGAUGACUUGAAUUUGAAAUUGCUGAAGAAAAAGUCACCAACAUACUAUGCACCGGCCAAACAAAAAAAGAAAGCCACCCAGCACCAUGAUAGCGGCGCCGCCGUUGCAAAAUCAACAUCGGAUAAAUAUUUUCCCGGCAAUGGAAAACCGAAAAGUUUUUACGUGAUCAAGAAAAACGACCAUAAACCAUAUUAUCAGAAAUUAAUCCCAUAAUUUCAUUCUCUCACAUUCUGUAUGUUUCUCACCUUUCAAUCGACACAGAGAAAAAGCGUUUCAAUCGCAAGGAAUUGAAUUCCAUUCAAAUUACAUAGGUAUUAGAUACAUAUAAAACAGAUUCAGGAGAGGAAGACAGAAGAGAGGAAAUAACAAAUCUUGAUCAUUUAUUUAAUUUAUUGAAUAUAUCAUUUUCUCAUCGUUUUUACACAUAUAUUGCACAAUGCUCAUGGAAAUUGUAUGAAGUCAAGCAAUUUUUUUUUUAUUAGAACAACAUACUUUGGACUUUAUUCAGCUCUAUAGAGUAAAGCAAAACUACUAAAUUAAACAAAAA